GAAACGGGGGGGGGGGAGAGUCCUCGAGCUGGUAGUGGGGUCUGUUCGUCCCUGAGAGCAGCCAUUGGGUCCUCUUCACCUGCACGUGGCGGUGACUCCUCGCCAGGACGCAGCUGGGGGCUUCCGGGCACGGCCCGCACAAUGGGGCUGCUCUCGACCCUCACGGUCGCUACCGGUUACUGCUCUGGUCGUCUGGUGGCCCGUCAUUUCUCCCGUGGGGUGAGGCCUGGCGGGGAGGAGCUAAGCCGCCUGAGGCUGGAUGACUUGGCGCCGACCCCGCGGCUAGAGCUGCUGUUUGGCUUGUCCCCGUGUCUCUUGGCUCUGCGAGCCGCCCGCCGCCGAGUGGCCCGGCUCCUGCUCCAAGCCGGCAGGGCUGGACUACAGGGAGAGCGGGCCGAGCUGCUCCGGGAAGCGGAGGCGCGGGACAUCCCAGUUCUGCGGCCCAGGCGGCAGAAACUGGACGCCCUGUGCCGCCACCAGGUGCACCAGGGCGUCUGCAUGGAGGUGAGCCCGCUGCGGCCCGGGGCUUGCAGGGAAGCCGAGGAAGUAAGCCCAGGCGACGACCACCAGCAACUGUGCCUCGUCCUUGAGGGGCUCCAGGAUCCCCGGAAUCUUGGUGCUGUCCUGCGCUCCGCUCACUUCCUCGGAGUGGACAAAGUCAUUAUUAGCCAGAGAAACAGCUGCCCGCUCACUCCAGUAGUCAGCAAGGCCAGUGCGGGGGCUAUGGAGGUGAUGGAUGUGUUCUCUACUGACGACCUGGCAGGUUUUUUACAGGCCAAAGCCCGGCAAGGCUGGCUUGUGGCAGGCACCGUGGGCUGCCCGGGGCCUGAGGUUUCCCAGUCUUCCCAAACCCCCAUCAUGAGUUGCUUAGAGUUCCUCUGGGACCAGCCUACUCUCCUUGUGCUGGGGAACGAGGGUUCCGGUCUGUCCCAGGAGGUGCAGGCCUCCUGUCGGCUCCUCCUUACCAUUCUGCCAGGACGCCAGCUGCCUCCCGGACUCGAGUCCUUGAAUGUGUCCGUGGCUGCAGUCUCUUUCCCUCGUCUGUCGGUGCAGGAAUUCUUCUUCACUCCAUUUGCAGCCAGAGGAAAGGUUUCCGUGCAGUGGAGAAGACAGAGAAGCCCCUCCAAGACCCACAAGAACCACCAGCUAUGUCCAAAGGACUCUGAGUCACUCAGCACCCAGAAUCGUCUUCAGAAUCAGAAAAAGAGAGGCAAAUGGGGACUUAGGGGGCUGUCCACGAAGUGCACGUGAUGGUGCCGGGACAGUUGCACACACAUCCCCAGGUCUGGCCUGCUGGCCCCUGUUCCUUGAUGUCAGUCAUUAACUGUAUGGCUGGGGACUCUGCAGUAAAGACCGGAGGAGUUCAGUCUCCUAUUUUGCUGUGGACCUUCAGUGAAGAUGUAGUUUGGUGAUUUCCAGGAUGGGCUACGGCAGAAGUCGAGUGGAAGUUGAGGCUUCAGAGGGAAUCAGGCAGCCCAGUCCAGGGGUCCGACUGCUCCUGACCAGGUGUUGCCUGUGGCAAAUGCUGAGUGUGAGGAUGUGGAGGGGGGCCGAGGUCUUCCUGUGGGAUAGACAAAGUACAAAUCAAGGACUGUCCCCGUGUGGGCCUUAAGUACAUGUCUUCAUCUUGUGGUGCCCAGGACCUUGGUCUGCACCUACCUACCUCACAGGGUUGUUGUGAGGAGCAAAUAAAACAUCAUCUGCUAUCAUC